AUGAGCUACACGGUGGAGGAGAAGAUAAAGCUCGCGGGCGAGGACUCCAAGGACAGGCUUUACGAGACGAAGCAGAACCAGAAGGCGAUUCGCAUCCUGACCGUCGCGGCCUACGUACUGUGCGUGUCGCUGGUGGCCAUCAUGCUGUCGUUGUACUACAUCUUUUUCUGGGACCCAAGCACCAACCCGAUGCAGCAGAAGACACAAACUAUCGAUACCCUCAUCAUACCGGAACACCUGGCCAUCCGGCUGGCCAAUCGCAGCGAGGUUCCGGCGAACCGGUUUUUCCACAGUUUUUAUCAACACCUGGUGCAGGACCGUAUGGUGAAAAUCAGAAAGGAGGUGCACAUCACCGAGUCGGACAAUCUGACGCAGCUCAUCGAGCAGUACCAUCAGCAGCAACAGCAGCAGAAUCAGGAGCAACGACAACGGAAACAACGACGGAAUGACCAGCUUACAGGAGAAACCAAACCACAGCUGCUGGGAGCUUACCGGGACUACCUGAAACCAGAGUCUCGACAACAGCAGCAGCACAGCGAACAACCAGAGCCACAGUCGCAGGAUCCACCGGGGCGGGACGAAAACCAGGAUGGAUCGGUGGUUUCAGUGUCGAUUCCGGACGAGGAUGAUGCCAGCGACGACUACGAGCAGAGCGGGAACUAUCUACUGCUCUACUCCAACAACACCACCAUCCAGCUGGAUGCCGACGAGCCGGGUCAACAGGAGUAGUGAACCCGGGCGACGGUUGGGACACGCGUCGCCCACUCCAGGAAACCGGAAACAUACAGGAUAGAGUUCCACGGGAACCGCGCACAGUUUACAAUAUUUUAAAUAGGCACGAACACUCCCUGCACCCACCCCAAAAAGCAGCGAGCACCAGCAUGCAAAUGCAACGAAGAUGCACGAAUGAAUGAUAAACACGAACCGACCGUGGUAGUAGUAUUAAAUCCGCUAAGCAGGGACUCUAAGCGAGAGCCGUACGGACGAGCCGUUGGCGUAGGCAACUGAGAUAUCUGGGACGGUUAGUUUUGAAAUUCUCGCGCUCCAUCCAACUGCAACAUGCAGUCCGUUUAGCAAUAGAUUGUUUGAAACUCUGGAAUUUUACUUAUCACUCCAUUCUAUUUUCCCACAGCAUGAUUUGGUUACGUCCAAAGGCACCCGUAAUUUAUGUCAGGAUUCUUUGAAUCUCCUUUCCUACUGGCAAUCGAGCCAUAACUCAAACAAGUUAUCUGUAGAAUCUUUUGUCGAAAUCAGUUUACUGGUAUAGUGGUACAGAAAAACAGAAACUUCACCGAACCAAGGCCAGCCAUUCCCGAAACAGGAUUUUUUAAGAAACAAAGCUGGUGUGCAAAAAUAAGCACAGCACGCAUUUUGUCCGUAGAUUUUAUAAAUUCACGCUUUGAUUAUCAGACGAGAAGAAAAGGCAUAGCAAAUGAAAUGAUUCGUACAAACGAAUGUUGAGCAGGAAAAUACCGAGCCAGCGGCAAAUCACGAACCAAACCAAAAAAAAAUCAUCCAUAAAGAUACAAACACGUGUGGCACGCGGCAUGACUGCGUGGUGUUGAAACUGUUGGAUAAGUAACUUUGUGGCUUAAAAGUUUUACGUAUACAACCUACAACCGGUACAUGCUUUUCUCCCAUCAUGCCCUGGAAAACCACUGUAUAAAGAAUGAAUCAGCGAACAUCGCGAAACCCCAUGUACCAGCGGAAGAUUACGUCAUCUCUUACACAGUUGCAUAUUUCAUUAGAAGAAUAUAUUAUUUAGUGCGGAUAACUACAGAUAUCGACUGUAAGUAGGGUUGCGAAAACAUUGCUGUGUCGAAGCAACGAGUUGCUUCAAAUGUACGCACGCAAUCGUGGAUCGUGUGCAACACUCGUUUAACCUAUCAUUGAUCUUGUAUCGCUGGGAAAAACUCGUCCCAGAUCUUCUGCGUUGCUGGAAAAUUUGGGAUCGAAUCUCUCUAACCCCCGGUCAAAUGCGAACCAAACGUAAAGGAAUGAAAAGGCAAAUUUCGGUGCCGAGUAAUGUAUGUGCAUUAUGCUCAAUAUUCUUGGGUUGCAGGGUUUUAUCAAGACUGGCUUGAUUGCUGGCGUUCGGAAUUGUUAUUUAAUAGUUUGGUUGUAGCAACAGCAAACUAGGUUUUGCAAUAAGACACGCGGUGAACGAUGGCUGCGCUGCGUCUCUGAAGUAGAGCUGUAGUAGAUGAACGAGAAAGAUAUUAUUAUAACAUGAGUAGAUGCAACAUAUUGGCAAACCGUAUUCAGUAUUUGCUAAAUAAAGGAUUUCUUCGUUGAAACACUUUCGCACUACAGCAGGAAUAAGUGGGCUGCCCUUCCUCGGUCGUUAAGUUUAUCCGAAACCGGCAACCGGCUGUGUCGAAGCAACGAGUUGCUUCAACUGUACGUACGCAAACGUGGAUCGUGUGCAACACUCGUUUAACCUAUCAUUGAUCUUGUAUCGCUGGGAAAAACUCGUCCCAGAUCUUCUGCGUUGCUGGAAAAUUUGGGAUCGAAUCUCUCUAACCCCCGGUCAAAUGCCAGAACCAAACGUAUAGGAAUGAAAAGGCAAAUUUCGGUGCCGAGUAAUGUAUGUGCAUUAUGCUCAAUAUUCUUGGGUUGCAGGGUUUUUAUCAAGGGUGGCUUGAUUGCUGGCGUUCGGAAUUGUUAUUUAAUAGUUUGGUUGUAGCAACAGCAAACUAGGUUUUGCAAUAAGACACGCGGUGAACGAUGGCUGCGCUGCGUCUCUGAAGUAGAGCUGUAGUAGAUGAACGAGAAAGAUAUUAUUAUAACAUGAGUAGAUGCAACAUAUUGGCAAACCGUAUUCAGUAUUUGCUAAAUAAAGGAUUUCUUCGUUGAAACA